CGUGGCUGGGCCGUCGGCUUUCCUCAGCUUAGCUCCUGGCAAGUAUGAGGCAAGGCUCUCUUGGAGCAGACUUGUAGCAGAUCUCUCCACCACCUUGUGGGUAGGCCGCUGAGUGCUGAACAGGUCACAGGAAGGAGGAGAGGCAGCUUCAGAGAAGACAUGGCUGGCAGAGAGGAGACUAUGAAGAGCUCCGACAGAGUGCUGAGGAUAAGUCAACUGGAUGCACUUGAACUGAACAAGGCCCUGGAGCAGCUCGUGUGGUCCCAGUUUACUCAGUGCUUUCAUGGAUUCAAGCCAGGGCUGUUAGCUCGCUUUGAACCAGAAGUGAAAGCACUUCUGUGGCUUUUCCUGUGGAGGUUCACCCUCUACUCCAAAAAUGCCACUGUGGGCCAGUCAGUUUUGAAUAUUCGGUACAAAAAUGAUUCUCUUUCCAACCCAAGAUACCAGCCACCAAGUGAAAACCAGAAACUGUGGUAUGCCGUGUGCACCAUUGGGGGGAGGUGGUUAGAAGAACGAUGCUAUGAUUUGUUCCGAAACCGUCAUUUAGCAUCUUUCGGGAAAGCCAAACAGUGCAUGAAUUUUGUGGUUGGACUUUUAAAAUUGGGUGAGUUGAUGAACUUCUUGAUUUUCCUGCAAAAAGGAAAGUUUGCAACUUUGACAGAACGCCUCCUUGGCAUUCAUUCUGUAUUUUGCAAGCCCCAGAACAUGCGUGAAGUUGGCUUUGAGUACAUGAAUAGGGAACUUCUCUGGCAUGGCUUUGCCGAGUUUCUGAUUUUUCUCUUACCUCUCAUCAAUAUCCAGAAAUUGAAAGCCAAAUUGUCUUCCUGGUGCAUCCCCCUUACCGGCACUGUGGGUAGUGACAGUACACUAGCCAGCAGUGGCAAAGAGUGUGCUUUGUGUGGGGAGUGGCCCUCAAUGCCUCACACCAUUGGAUGUGAGCACGUAUUCUGUUACUACUGUGUUAAAAGUAGCUUCCUUUUUGACAUGCACUUCACUUGCCCUAAGUGUGGCACAGAAGUGCACAGUGUGCAGCCACUGAAAUCAGGAAUUGAAAUGUCAGAAGUGAAUGCUCUUUAGAAACCAAAUUGUUUCCUCUGAGGAAAAUGUAUUAUGUCCACCUUGGCAUUAGUCAUCCUCAGUGUUGAUUGUAGCUGUCUUUGAAAAGGCAUGUGCUGCUCAGCCACUGUCUUCUUCCUUUCCAAGCACAACUGAAUUCUAAUCACUGGAAACUAAAUGAUACUCAAGAAUCUUGUAAAUGUUCGUGGUUUUUUUUUUUUUAGAUCACCUAUUACAUGUCUUAAUGUCAAGAAUAAUGGAAAAUUUUUGUCAGAUGAAUACUAAGAAUGACUAAGAAUUUUCCUUCAUAGAAAAAGGUCAGACUCUAAAAAUAAAAGAUUUUUGGGA